AUGGCAAGUGAGGCGACAACAUUUAUCGUCGAUGUCUCCAAGUCCAUGAUAGAGAAUGGCCAUUCAGAUCAAGCAAGGGCAUAUCUCGAGUAUACAAUGCUGAUGAAAACGAGAAAACAAAGAAAGACAGAUUGGACGAGCUGCUUUUUAGCUAACUGCCCCCUCACCAAAAAUAAUCAUGAGACUGCAAACGUUUACGAGAUGUUACCCCUCAAAGCGCCGAUAAAUAUUCAUGACGUUGCCACUUUGUUGCAAGAUUUCGAUAACGUUGUCAAAUACUGUCUGGACGCUGAAGAGGACUCUUCAUCAAUGGUACAAUGCCUAUUGGUGGCAUCUGUUAGCAUGAGAGAUCAAUUCAACAAGCGCAAGGUCAAAAAGCAAAUAGUUGUUUUCACUGAUGAUGCCGAUGGACUGGACUUGAGCGAUGAAGAAUUGUCGACGUUGGAACAAGAGCUUGAUUGCCGCAUUAUCUAUGUACCGUGCGAACCAAAGAGAGAAGACAGGUCAAUUUCAGUGUGGGAUAAGUGCGUUCAAUGCAUACAGGGCUCUCUAAAAAUUCCUAUCGUAGAUUUGCUGAAAGAAAUUUCAGCAUCGCGGCCAAGCACGAUAAAACCUGUCCGUGUUUUUCAAGGAGAGUUGAGAUUAGGUGCACCCAUCACCGAGACGGAUGCUGUCUGCGAUGACUAUCAAUCGUUAAAUAUUCAAGUGGAAGGAUUUCCAGCUACUAAAGCUGUUACAAGUUUAAACCGAAAAGUGGUCGCGAAACUUGAUGGUAAGAUUAACGACAAUGUUCAAUCUGUGGUUGAUUAUGAAGUGCACAAUAAGAAAGAGGAAAACUCUGACGAUUUUGAAAUGGCAACCGUUGCGAAAGAAUAUGUCACAAAAGCAUAUCGUUAUGGUUCUGAUUACGUGGUACUACCACCUGCCCUGGAACCAGACCGCAUUUACAGAACAGAACCUUCCUUGGACAUCCGAGGUUUUCUCGACAAAGAAAACUUGCCACGCUGUUACCUGAAUUCUGAAUCUACAUUUAUAGUUGCAGCCACCAAGGGAGGGACACGUGCGGACUAUUUUGCACUCGCAGCUUUAGUUGAUUCUAUGAUUAAACUGAAUAAGCUUGCAAUUGUACGUUAUGUGCAGAAGAAAAAUAGUGAAGUCCAAAUGUGCGUGGCAUGCCCGUUGUUAGUGAAUCAAACAAAACGAUCAACUGAUGAUAACAGCUCUUACACUAGAGCCCUCGUUCUUAAUAGGUUGCCAUUUGCCGAGGAUGAAAGGACUUCAGAUUACCCAAAAUUAAAUCGUGGUAACUCGUCCUCCAAUGAAAGAGCUGAUCACCUGAUGUCAGCGUUUAUUGAUUCAAUGGAUCUUGACUCUGAUGAAUCUCCAACCUGGUACAGCACUCCUUUUUAUGAACCCAUCGACUCGUCGCCUACUGAACUUUCGACUUUGCCGCUUCCAAGCGUCUCAAAGCGGUACGAGUCUGAUCCUCUUUGCAUACCUUCAAUCGGAUUGCAUAGACAGCAGCAGGUACUAAUAGAGUAUAUCCAUCAAAAAAUAAUCAAAGGAUGUGCUGAUUUCAGUCUGCCUGAUAUGCCAGAUGAUCUCAGACAAAAAUUGACGCCAUCUAAGAUGCCGAAAAAAGAGCUUACCCAGGAACUCAAAGAAGUAUUGGACAUCAAGGCUAAUAAUAAGGACAAAAGCAAUGCCUUAGUUGACGAACAAGAGGAAGAAGCAGAGGAAAUUCCCUCACUAGAGACUCUUCUUGCUCGUGGUAGACGCGAUCGAUGA